AACCCGACGUCACCUGCUGGGCUCGGGGUUGGCUGACCGUACCCGGACUCGUAAAACCCGAUCGGUUGGCUCCGGGUCCAGGUCGGCUUUGCUACUAAACCCUCCUUUCUUUCUCGUCGCCCGAGGCACCACUCCCUGAUCUGGGGUGCCUGCUUUCAGUGCUCGGAGGCUAUCCACCCUUCUCUUCACCGCCACCACUUCCAAACACUCGCCAAGAUGGAAACAAGGGAUGGCAUAUGGAGGCCGGACUCGACUUCGUCCCCUUCAACUCUUGCUCGGAUGAUGAACACUCUUCUGUGCUCCCGCCCCGGUCACCUGGAGGCAGCCUUGUCCCGCAUCGGCUCUUCUCCCCCCUCGCGGAGUGGCUCCGCCGGUCUCUUGGAUGAUUCGCUUUGUAGUCUGCGGAGACAUGUCAAGGAGGCUGUUGACAAAGAGGAGCUGUUGGAUCAGAUUUUAGUUCCCAUGAUUGAACAUCUGUUGAUGUCUAAGGGUUCAAAGCAUUGCAAGCAAGUUCUGAAAUUGAUGAAAUGGCUCUUCCAAGACAAGCUUCUUUGUGAAGGCCUUGCAAGCAGUAUUGCAGCACUUAUCAUGACAAAAGAAGAUUGUUUCAUUCGCUUUGGUUGGUGCACCCUAGUGAAUGGUCUUGUUGAGUUUACCAUGAAUAGAUUCCCUGAAGAAGGGAAACAUGAAAUGAGUAUUGUUUUAGGGAAGAUUCUUUACCAAUCAUUUUCUCCUCUCCUGUCCAUCAUUUGCGAAGGAAGCAUUGUGCAGGGUGAAUUUGAAUUGCCAACACGUCUUUCAAUAGUCGCCGCAGAUUGCACCCUACUCUUAAUUGAAACACUUACAGAAACUGCAAUUCUCAAAAGGAAGUCUUUAGAUUCCAUGUCAGAAAACCAGGUAGACAUGCUGACGUCUAAAUUUCAGAAAGAAUGUGAUUUAGGUCAGAGAAUCUCUCAGGGCUUAGAGGACAUUGAAAUGGAGCAGUGGCUGUGGGAUCACUUCAAUGAAAUCAUUCUUCUUGUGAAGAAACUGCAAGCGUGGAGUGGAAAGAGUCAGCCUUUGCAUGCCAAAGGAUUGGCGCUUGUGUUGAAGUGGCUGCAGGAGAUUAAACAACAUGUUCAUAAUCUUCAAGUUGAGCCAGGUGGAAAUAUGCUGAAGAGUGGAAUAUUGCUUUGUUUUUGUUGGAAGCAUUAUGCAUGCUUAAUGCGCUUGGAGGAUAAUAAAUUUUCUCAGAAGUUGAAGGGCAUGCUGGAAGAAUAUGUGUCUGCCAUCCAGAUCCUUGACUUGAAGUCAAGAAGUCGUGAGAGACUUGUUAGAACAAAAUAUUACACACAGAAUGAAAAUGAUAAUGAUGCUGGGAAAAGUUAUGGUAGUAUUGAGACCAGAAAGUUCUUCUUGAAUUGUUUGUGCCUUUUGUUGGGACACCUUGAUGGGAAACAAUUGGAGGUUGUGAUAACUGAACAUGGGCCUCAACUGCUAAAUCUGUUAUUCUCACAGCUUCGAUAUGGUGAUGAAUUUCUAAUGGAGGGGUCACUGAGCAUUUUGAGAGUCCUUAUUUUCAAGGAAAACUUCUCAUCUGGUAGCAGCAAUCUCAACACUGCCGAAAUGGAUAUGGUGUUACCUUUGUUAUUAAGCUUUCUAGAUGUGAGAGAUUCCAUUGCAAAAGCUGUUGUUCUGCUCUUUGCAGAAUACUGUUCAUUAAAUUCAGAUAGAAAGGGCCUUCAAGAAAUAUUUAGACGUCUUGAAUUUGGAGAUCUUAGCCAGAAAAAGAAUGCUGUUGAUGUCAUUUCAGAGCUUAUUCGCAUAUGUUCAGAUUUGGAGUUACGACAAGAUAUUGCCAAACACUUGCUAAAGUGCCUUGGAGAUGAAGAUCUGAUGAAUUAUGUAGAAGAAUCUAAUCUGCUACCACAAUUCGAUCCGCAUUUUGUUUUGCCUGCAUUAGUGCAACUUCGAUUCUCAGGGAAUGAAAAAGUACAGUCCACAGCUAGUAAUACAAUCGCCGCUGUGCUCAAAUGUCAUAGCCGAGAGUCUAGUGUCAUACUUGCAUUGCUCGACUGCCUCAGCGUCCUUGGUGGGAAUCCUAAUGCUGCCCAGACCACAGGGGCAAUGACAAAGGAUGUACAUUGCACUUCUAUGCAGUCUCAUUCAGGGGAGAUGUUGGACAUUGAUCAAGUACUUGGAUUGAUUCCAAAAUUGCCUGAAAGUGUAGAGAACUGGAAAUUUUUACUUGACAAGGUUAUUGAUAAGAUGUUCCAAGACCCAUCAAAUGCAAUUAUUGUCCGAUUUAUGAGUCGAAUAAGUGAGGACUUAGUUGAAGCUGGGGAUCUGGUCCUCCAUCGUGUACUCUUGCACUUGCAAGAACAAAAGAAAAUGGAUGAAAGGUGGCUGUCUGAUUGUCAUGGAAACUUCCCCAGUAAUGGUUCUGCAAAAUUGGGGGGUUCUGUUUUUGAUCACCUCAGCCCACUCUUGCUACUUAGGGUGCUUCCACUAAGGGUCUUUGAUGACAUUUACUCUCCUGUGUUGUAUGGCCGGCUUUGUAAAAAUUUAGAAGCAACCAGUGGUAUAUGCAUCAAUGGUGAUGAUUGUGUCACUUCUCUUCUGGUUAAUAGUGAUACCAGGGCAUUUAGCAUGUUUGAGUUUGAAGAUGUUCGUAAACUUGCAGCUGAGCUGUGCGGUCGACUUCAUCCUGAGGUUCUCUUUCCAAUUAUGGAAUCUCAACUAAGGCAUGCAACACAAGGUCGUGAUAUACUGAAGAUGAAGUUAUGCUUAUUUGCUAUUUGUACAUCGCUUGUGGCAAGGGACAGUGACUCUGCUUUUCACCCUGCUAUACAUAGAAUCAGGAAGAUACUUGAGAUGGUAUUGUUGUGGCCUUCAUUUGAUGCUGAUGAAGUUUCCCAAGUACAGCAUGGAUGCAUUGAUUGUUUAGCAUUGAUGAUAUGUGUUGAAGUAAAAGCCCUAGAAACUUCAAAAGAUUUUUCUAGAAACUGGCUCAGCAUUUCUCGAGAUGCGAGCUGUCCUGGAUGCCAUACUUCAACAAGUUCUGUUCUCACUUAUGUUAUCCAGAGAUUGACAAACAAUGAGCUUUACGAUGUCUCAGUGAAAAACAACAUGAGUACAUGUCAUGAGGAAAGCUUUGUAAUUGAUAUGUCGCAUGGAACAUCUCUUGCGACAAUUGAUCUGUCCACUAUCUCCACCUCAAUUCCAUUUCGCUUAUGCAUGGCCAAUGUUCUCAUUAGUGCUUGCUUGAAGGUUUCAAAUUCCGGAAAAAGUUUAUUUGCUUGUAAAGUUCUUCCAUCUGUCAUUUAUGCUGUAGAGUCGAUAGCAUGUUCAGAUGUUAGAGCUGGAUGCAUUGAGGUCCUUUUUUCAGCAGUAUAUCACCUCAAGUCAUCAGUAGUUCCUUUCUCUUCAGAUCUGUUCAAUCUUUCGGUCAAAGCACUCAAAAAAGGAUCAAAUAAGGAAAAACUUGCAGCGGCAAAACUAAUGGCAUCGCUUAUGGCUAGUGAGGAUGAGAUUAUUGCCGCUAUAUCAGGUGGCCUAUUAGAAGCAAAGUCUGUGCUCGAAAAAGCUGCCACGAAGGCUUCAUUCUCAGAACUGCAGCAACUGUGCAAGAAACUGUUGGCAUGUCUGUCUUCCGUUAAUUGAUGUCAUAUGACUGGUUUAUGAGGCACAGGGUUAACAUGUAUAGCAAGGACAGGCAAUUCUACAGUUCUAAAACUUCAAUUUUAUUUAUAGCUUGGAAGCAAUUUCAAUGCUCAAUGUUUUAGUCAUUUGUGCUGCUACAUAAGAGAAUGAGUUAUCUACAUCCUAGUGUAUUGAUUACCGCAUCGGUGAGUGCUGACUGCUCAGGCCACUGCUGCUCUCACUUUCCAUUGAUUUUGUUUGUAGAUUUUGCAAGAGCUGGUAUUAGCAAUCCCUAUACAUGAGAUUUCCGCUGGUGAUCUCAAGGUGCAGCUAUGUUCCGAUAGAAUAUUGUAAUAAUAUUUUCAGAAUUUAUUCUUUCAGAAUAUGUAAAGCCCUUCUAAUCCACUACAUGCCACCAUUUUGAGUUAUCCAAA